AACAAAGAAAAACCAUCACACCUCUCUUUCGAUUUAUUUCAGAAAAAUUUGUACAAAAUGGAGAUCGACGAAAGAAGGAACAAGGCUUUCAAUGUAUACGCUGAUAAACUUGCUCAACACAGACAAUUAGAAGCCGAAGUAAAAAAGAUUAGAGAAAAUCAAAAGGAUUUAAAAAAGAGGUAUGAAAAGACUGAAGAUGAUCUCAAGGCUCUUCAAUCUGUUGGACAAAUUGUUGGUGAAGUCUUGAAACAAUUGGAUGAUGAACGUUUUAUUAUUAAAGCUAGUAGUGGUCCUAGAUAUGUUACAGGAGUUAGAAAAAAGAUUGAAAAGACUAAAUUAAAGCCAGGCACCAGAGUUGCCCUCGAUAUGACAACACUGACGAUUAUGAGAAUUUUACCACGUGAAGUUGAUCCUUCUGUAUUUAAUAUGAUUGAAUCUAAAGAUGUUAAGAUAGAUAAAACAGAAUUUGCAGAAAUCGGUGGUCUUAAUGAACAAAUCAGAGAAUUGAGAGAAGCUAUUGAACUUCCAUUAAUCAAUCCUGAAAUUUUCGUCAGAGUUGGUAUCAAGGCACCUAAAGGAGUCUUGCUCUAUGGUCCACCAGGUACAGGUAAAACACUUUUGGCUAGAGCUAUUGCCAGUAAUAUUGAUGCAAACUUCUUGAAAGUUGUGGCCAGUGCCAUUGUAGAUAAAUAUAUCGGAGAAAGUGCUAGAAUUAUUCGUGAAAUGUUUGGAUAUGCACGUGAUCAUCAACCUUGUAUUAUUUUCAUGGAUGAAAUUGAUGCCAUUGGUGGUAAAAGAUUUUCCGAAGGUACUAGUGCUGAUCGUGAAAUUCAAAGAACUCUUAUGGAACUUUUGAAUCAAUUGGAUGGUUUUAAUGAUGUUGGUCAAGUCAAAUUUAUCAUGGCCACUAACAGACCUGAUGUCUUGGAUACUGCUUUGAUGAGACCUGGUCGUCUUGAUAGAAAGAUUGAAAUUUCUUUACCAAAUGAACAAGGUAGAUUGUCAAUCUUGAAGAUUCACUCUCGUAGUAUUACCAAACAUGGUGAAAUUGAUUAUGAAGCUAUUGUAAAAUUAUCUGAUGGAUUUAACGGUGCUGACCUUCGUAACGUUUGUACUGAGGCUGGUAUGUUUGCAUUAAGAGGAAAGAGAGACUAUGUCAUACAGGAAGAUUUUAUGAAGGCUGUCAGAAAGAUGAUGGACAUGAAGAAGUUAGAAACCAAGCUUGAAUAUAGCAAGGUUUAAAAAAUCUAAUAUUAUUAAAUAUAUUUGUUGUAUAGU